GAGUUUUUCAGUGUUUUCUUGCAGAAAUUUGGGCCUUUUGCCGCUGCCACCCCCUUCACUAUGGAUCGCGCCGAUGCUCAGGCCCAAAAAAUGAAGAAUCCCGAGGAGCCAGACUUUUUCCAAAAAUACAAUUUGGAUCCCCAGGCCGUUUAUACCGGGGUUAUUUUCGGAUUAAUCACCCUCGCGCUCAUCUUUGUCUUCACCCGAAAACGAUCCCGGGGAAGCACCCUACUCAUUUGCGGACCGUGCGAGUCCGGUAAAACCUGCUUAUUUGGUCAAUUGCUCCACAAAAAGCAACUGGAAACCUACACCUCAGCCAAAGAAAACAAGGGGCACUUGAGUGUACCUGGACGGGCCCCUUUGCCCGUUGUGGAUGUGCCUGGCCACGAAAGGUUGCGGGUGAAGUAUUUAGAAGAGUACAAGAACCAGGUGAAGGCUAUCAUCUAUGUCGUGGACUCAUCCACGCUUCAAAAACAGUUGCGAGACACCGCGGAGUAUCUAUUCAACAUUAUCACGAACCCGAUUAUCUACACCAAGCGACCAAAAAUCAUGGUAGUUUGCAACAAACAGGAUUUGAGCUUGGCCAAAGGCCAGAAUGUCAUCCAAAAAGAGCUGGAAAAGGAGAUGGAGCUUUUGCGUGGCACGCAUUCUCGCACCUUGCAAGAAACCAAUGACCAAAACGUGGAGCGGGUCGAAAUUGGUCAAGAUGGCGAAGAAUUUCAGUUCCGGCAUCUUCCCAUGAAGGUCGAGUUUUGUGAGCUCUCAGCCCAAUCAUCGGAAACGAUGGAUAGCUUGAGAAAAUGGGCAUAUGGUCUGGCCUAAAGACACAUUUGAUGAAGGAAUGGGUCACAAACCUCAACAACCAACCCUACACAUGGAGCACCGCUUAUCCGUGCAUUUUCUAUUUAAGUGAAUGGUUCGCAAACUACAUGGUUUUCACGAAAAAAAUACAGUUAACCUCGAAAAUCGCAA